AUGACGGUCAAAUACCCUCGGUUUUACUCUUCCCCCAUGGACCAAGAGACCGACUCAACCCCUCUACAAGUCUACGGCCUAGAGCAGCGAGAACCUUCUAUCUACGACAAACCUCCCAAACUAUUCCGGCGAGUCUCACACGUCCUAGGCGAUAUCCGUGAAGACUUCUCCAUGGACGCUCGCCAGACCACCGAAAAGCUCAAGCGUCGCUCCACCAUGUUCUCCGACGGGCCAGGUUUGAGUGCUCCCCCAUCACUCUCAGCGCCAAUGACAUCCCAUGGACCCCCGCGGUCGCGGCCAAUGUCCAUCAUCUCAUUCGACAACUGGUCCGGUCCGAAACGGGGAAUGAGCCAGCGAAUCUCCCGCCGCCUGUCGGUUUUCUCUUUGCGGGGUAAGCCUAGCACCAAGGGGGCCAGUAUCUCCUCGCCGAAUCUGAUCGGUUCAUCAACGCAAUACGGAAACAGGAGUCAAGCUUCAUUCAUUUGA